AUGGUGUUUCCGGAUUCCAAAAUCACCUUGGAGCUAGGACAGGAAUAUGCUAUUGACAGUAUUAGUAUACAAAUUGGUGACUCGCAGCGACCAGGACAAAUGGGAAUUUUCAAAUCUCUUACCUUUGAAAACUACAAACAAUGGAUGUUUUUAGUGACAACACAGAAUGAAUGCUCAAAGUUUGAUGGUGUGCAGUUCAAUUUGGAUGUUGAUAGUUUAAACUCUGUAACAUGUACAACAUAUGGAACUAGAGCACAGUCUGGAAAUGAAACGGUGCUGAUCAACCCACCAGUUGUGGAAGGGUUUGAGGAUUGGAGGAAAACAAAGUUUUUAGAAUUUAGAUUCUAUGAUAUGGAUUUCACAUUUGGUUUCCUUGCUGAUAACUAUGUGACUUGUAACUGCUUUGAUCACAGUGAUAGUUGUUAUUAUGAUAUCAAUGUUGCAACUCUUCAACAAAGUUUGAAUGCAGAUGGUAUCUACUCUGGUGGAGGUGUAUGUAUUGAUUGUGCAAAUAACACUUCAGGUAACAAUUGUGAAAAAUGUCAUGAGUUAUACUUUAGACCAUUGGACAAACAACAAACAGAUAUAGAUGCAUGUCAGCCUUGUGAUUGCUUCUUACCUGGAACCAAAGAAGAUUUGGACAUUGGUCUAGCACGUGGUCACUGUGUUAUGAACAAUGAAACGCUGAGACCACCUGGUAUGGAGCCUGGUGACUGUUUCUGUAAAGAUAAUGUAGAAGGUGUUAAAUGUGAUGUCUGUAGAGAUGGAUUUUAUGAUCUGUCAGCGUCAAAUCUGGGUGGUUGUUUAGACUGUACAUGUAACAUUGCCGGUACCUUGGGUAACACGACUGUAUGUGAUAAAGAUACUGGUUUAUGUCCCUGUAAAACAUAUGCAACUGAGAGACGAUGUGAUGAGUGUAUGGAUGAAUAUUAUGGAUUGUCGUUGUUCAAUGACGAUGCAUGCGAUCCAUGUGGAUGUAAUGUUGGUGGAUCUAUGGAUAAUGUGUGUAACAAACUUAAUGGCCAGUGUUUUUGUUGGAAUAAUAUUCUUGGACAGAUUUGUGAUAGUGUGGCAUCAGAAGCAUACUACCCAGAUGUGCAUUUCAUCAAUGCUGAGUUGGAAUCUAUAACAGCAACAAACUGGGGAAGAGAUGAAGAGUAUGAUGGAUAUUUCUGGUAUGGUUAUGUGAGUCUGUCAUCUGGGGAAAGCUCAACUACAAGUUUAUCCAUCCCCUCUGACACCACAUUCAGUGGACAGUAUGAGUUGCUGUUCCACUAUAUAGCUGAUAAUCCAACUAUGGUGACUGUAACUCUCACAAGUAAUGGUGGGCUAUCAAACCCAAUAUCCUUGUCUGGUUCUACAACCCUGUCUCAAUGUCCGGACACCUGGUGUUACCAGAGUUUGAAUAAUGCUGACGGAAUAUCUGGUAAUACCUUUGCUUUAACGGCUGGAGUUUGGAGUGUUAAUGUAGUUUCUGGUAUCAGCAGUGGCCAAGUUUUACUGGACCGAAUUAUUGCACUGCCUGUUGAGUUUUUAAGCCCAGAAGUUUUACUUGGCGCUGAUACCGCUACACAGUUUGAUGUUGACUGUGAUGUCAGAAAUAAUAUCAUGAAUUCGACUGGUAAUAUUGAAUUCUGCCUUGAGCAAGUUUUUAUACUGACCACCAAUUACUUGCAAGGUGCUUUGCCAUGUGACUGUGACUUGGUCGGGAGUUAUAACAAUUUAUGUGAUGAAUACGGUGGCCAGUGUGCUUGUAAAACUGGUGUAGGGGGCAGAAGAUGUGAUAUGUGUUUGCCAGAAUACUAUGCAUAUUCUAGUACUGGGUGUCAACCUUGUAACUGUUUUAAUGAUGACAAAGUAUGUAAUAUGUUAACUGGUCAAUGUGAUUGUCCACCCAAUACUGUGGGACGUAAUUGUGAUCGUUGUGUGACAUACACCUAUGGUCUCAACUCAACCCAUGGAUGUACACCUUGUAACUGUGAUGUUGAAGGUUCAUCUAAUCUUCAAUGCGAUGCUGUAACCGGUGAAUGUGCUUGUCAGCCUGGUGUUGAUGGAACUACAAGUAGUGCAGAAGGCGCUGGUAAAUGUACUGAAUGCAAAGAUGGAUUUAAAUCAUUUACUCUGAUUGGCUGUGAACCAUGUGACUGUAGUCUAGAUGGAAGUGUGAAUAUAGCAUGUAAUAAAACAAGUGGACAGUGUCCAUGUAAGGUAAAUACUGAAGGAAUGUUGUGUGAUAACUGCAAAGCCGGUACAUUCUACAACUCUGAAUCACAUCCUACUGGUUGUUUACAAUGUGUUUGUAUGGGAAUCACUGAAGACUGUAGAAGCUCCACACUCAAGAAUAUACAGGAAUGUGCAUCUGGCUAUUUUCGUCAGAAUCAGACAAUUCAUGAUUAUUUUGGUGUUUGUGUCUUAUGUGACUGUAAUGGACAUAGUGAUGUAUGUGAUAAGAACACAGGAGAAUGUCUUAACUGUCAACAUAACACUGCAGGUUUCAACUGUGAAUUAUGUGCUGAUGGUUUCUAUGGAGAUGCUUCUCAAGGUGAAGCAGAUGAUUGUGAGUCGUGUCCAUGUUCAGCACCAAAAACUGUGACUGCUUUAUGUGAAUUCAUUGAUAGUAUUGUCACAUGUAUCAACUGUUCUGAUGGACAUACUGGUCCACUGUGUAAUCAGUAA